CCCGCUUCCCUUCCCUUCCCUCCCGGUCCGCCCCUCGGAGGAGCAGGUGGCGCGCGAGGGCGCGGCACGGACGACGAGCUAGGGUUCGCGAAUUCUUCUUCUUCUUCUUCUUCGGCUCGGUGGUGGUUUGUUUUCAGGGGGCGACGGGGAGCGGAGGUUUCGGAGAUGAUGGAGGAGGUGCCGGCCGAUCUGCGGGACCUCGUGCGCCUGCCGGAUGUUCUGGUGGUAUGCUCAUCUAGUGGAUGGACGGAUGAAAGACACAUGCUCUAUCUUAGAUUAUUGGAAGAAACAUUUAUAAGCCAAUUACAAGACAGUGAAUGCAGUUUCAAGGGACUGUUCAAUCACUCUGCGAGAUUUCGCAGACGUAUGAAAGCCUCUAAGCAAAUCAUUAAAUACGCCGAACCUGAUCAGGGAUGUCUUGGGAUUGUUGAGAGUGACAGAGCCAAGCCCUGCUUAAAGGUUGAGCAUAUCGAUUCACCUUCUUGUUGUGGAAAUCAGCAAGACGGAAAAGUCUAUUCUUUGGAUGAUAAUACAUCAACCACCGGGCCGGUAGAAGAAGCCACUUCCCAUGCAAGGGAAACAAGCUCUAGACAAUCUUCCACGUGCUAUUUUGGCAAGCACAGGCAUUCCCCUUCUAGGAGUGCAGAGGGGUCAGAUCAGAACUUUAAUGAGGAGACCAAAGGGAUUGGAGAAUCAAGAAGAGGAUGCAGCCAAAAGCGACUGAAAUCUGCUGAUGAUAUGAGGGAUGAUCAGGUAGUUCCAUCCGUGAAGGCAGAAGUCCAGCAAGCGGGCUGCCUUAAUGCAAGUGACAAAGACGGAGAUAACUGCGAGGGAUGGUCGAAGGUGCAUGCUGGAUUACUGGAUGCAGAAGCUGGGUCUCCCUCGUGCAAAGAUCAUGGACCAAAAGGAUAAUUCAACGUCCACAGAAUGUUCUCUGGAGCUCUGACCAACACACUCACCUAGUAGCAACUAAAUCACCACGAGCUAGAUCAGAGAGGAAAACUCAAGUAGUUCAAGUUUGUAAGAAAACCUUACGACAAAGGGAUCCGUUAUCACCGUAUCUGUUCUUAUUUAUUGCGGAUGGGUUAUCAAAUAUUUUGUACCGCGACAAGGGGGAAGGAAGAAUUCAACCCCGGAAAGUCUGCCGAAGGGCGCCGGGUAUUUCACAUCUGCUUUUUGCAGAUGAUUGCCUCUUGUUCUUUAAGGCAGAACCUAAUCAAGCAAGAGCAGUGAUGGAGGCGUUAAAUCUUUUUGAAAGUUGUACUGGACAACUCAUAAACCCAUGCAAGUGUUCAAUUUUGUUUA